AUGGUCGCCCAAACCGCCGAGUUCAAGAAGGCCGUCGAGGACAGCCGCAAGCUCAAGGCCAAGCCCUCGGAUGACGAGCUCCUCCAGCUCUACGGACUGUUCAAGCAGGGUACUCAGGACCCUCCCAUCGAGUCCUCUGACAAGCCCGGCAUGUUCGACCUCAAGGUAACACCUACACCUUCUACACACGACAGAGCUCCACACCUCAGGUCAAACAACUUGCUGACACGUCUCUUCUACACCAGNGGCAAGGCCAAGAGAAACGCAUGGCAGAAGCUGGUCGACGAGGGUGUCAAGCCCCAGGACGCCCAGAAGAAGUACGUCGCUCUCGUCGAGUCGCUCAAGAAGAAGCACGGUUACACUGGUUAA